CGCCGCCUCGCAUACACCGUCAACGGGCUAUCCGGCCUCUGUCUCCUCCUAUGGAUCCGCGACCACCACAUCCGCCUCGACCAUGUGCGAGGGAGCAGCAUGGCGCCGACGCUGAGUCCCGACGCAAACGAGACAGGAGACGAAGACUGGGUAUUCGUGCGGCCCUACAGCGAAGCGUGGAGCAGCAAGCGCGGCCUCGAGCGCGGCGACGUCGUCACAUUCUGGAAGCCGCACAACCCCGAGCAAGUCGGCAUCAAGCGCGUCGUCGCUCUGCAAGGCGACACGGUGUAUCCGAAGCGUGGGUAUGCGCUGGAGGAGCAGGGGAAGAGGUUGCAGGGCGGGAUGGAUGGGCUGCCGGAUGAGGAUCGUGAUUCGGUGGCGUGGGGGAGGGAGCAGGGUAAGAUUGUCGUGCCGUAUGGGCAUGUGUGGGUUGAGGGGGAUAAUUGGCGGAGGAGCUUUGAUAGUAGGGAUUUUGGGCCGGUUAGUAGGGGGGUUGUUGAGGGGAGGGCGGUGGCGGUUUGGAGGGGGUGGUUUGAUGUUAGGGUGAUGGGUGAUGAGAGGGGGAGGAAUGGGAAGGGGGCGAGUAGGGUUGUGGAGAGGAAGGGGGAGGCGGUGGUGCCUGAUGUGUUUUUGGAGUGA